AUUAUUGCAAUAAGCGUCUUUGUCUGUUGUGUGAAGUACUGUACUGUACUGUACUGUACUGUACUAUAAUCUCAGUGGGACUUGACCAAAGGUGACAAUUCAUCUUGCUCCAACCUACAGAAACUUUACCUCUUAGCUCUAAAGAAACAAUCGUGGACAUUUUAAAUCGGGAUCAUUAAACAAUGGGAUCAUUAAAAGCCUUACAGGAAUGGUGCAGAGACCAGUGUAAAGGGUACAAAGAUGUGGAUAUUACUAACAUGUCAACGUCCUUCAGGGAUGGACUUGCUUUUUGUGCUAUAAUACACAAACACAGGCCGGAUCUCAUAGACUUUGACUCCCUCUCCAAAGAAAAUGUCUAUGAGAACAACCAGCUGGCAUUUUCAGUGGCGGAGUCGGAGCUGGAUAUUCCAGCUCUGUUGGACGCAGAGGAUAUGGUGUCUAUGAAAGUGCCUGACCGCCUCAGCAUGAUCACCUAUGUCUCCCAGUACUACAACUUCUUUACAGAUAGAUCACAUGCAAACCCACCAUGUAUGAAGAGACCUGGAGGUCCAGGUCAUACAGAACCAGCAAUAAAGAAAUUACCCACUUCUUUUGAGGAUAGAACCAACACAACUGAGUCAAGUGCAGACAGCCAGUUAAAACGCAACACUUUAAGCAGUACAUGUGCUGCCUGUGGGAUGCACGUUCACCUCGUUCAAAGGUUUCUUGUUGAAGGCAGACUUUACCACCGCAACUGUUUUAGAUGUAGGGACUGCAGCAGCACAUUAUUGCCUGGCUCUUACAAACUUGUGGAAAAUUCUGGAUCCCUGGUCUGCACUCACCAUUUUGCCAGAACUUCUUCACUCAGUCAGAAUGGUCGUCCUGAUCUGAGCGGGCAUUUUAGUUCAACAGUGCCAACCUCAGGCCCUGAAGCCCCUCCUUGUGGGGAAAGUUUGGAAGUAGCACAGGCAGAAUGUCUUACUCCACCCGAUUCCUCUCCUAAAACAAACUCUCUAGAUGGAGAAGAUGAGCAGAACUCAAAAGCAAGAGCAGCGCAAGACAAAGUCGAGGACGGAUCAAUAGAAGAGACAGAAGCUCGCACUUCCAGUCCUCCAAAUCCUUUUGAUGAAGAGGAAGAAGAGCAAUUACAGCCGUCUGCGGAAGUAGCCAAUGUCACUCUUUCUGUUACCCCGGCAAAGAGCGAGAAAGAAGGCAGUCGACCAAUACCUGCCCCAAGAAAAGUGUCUGACCCCUCUAUUUCUGCUCGUCCGGUACCCAGGCCACGCCCAUCCAGACCCCCACAGAGUCCAGCAGUCAAUGGAGAAGGUAGAGAACAUAGAUUGUCUACCCCAGUACCUCGCGCAAGAUCCCAGUCACCUGGCAGCCAAUCAAAUGACACUCCCAAACUCAAAGACCCUCCCUGGAUGGCUCUUGUAAAACAGGAGUCCAAGAAAAAGUUGGCUCCUGUUCCUCCUCCCACAGGUAUAGCCAAGCCUAGGAACGGUAGCUCCACUCCUGUGCAGAAGGAUAUGGGAUCUGGUCCAGAUACGCCCUCUAAUCCCUUCGACGAUGAUGACAAUGAGGGGCCAGAGGCAGAAUCUGCAGAUAUGUCAGUCCCAACAUCUGUGGUUGCAGUCCAUCCAUGGUACAGUAUUUCCCAGGCAGCUGAGGCCACUGGAGCUGACACACCUUCUGGAAAAGGUAGUCCCACCUACUCUGAGAGUCCAGGAAGCGUCAGGAGUAAAAAACGGCUUGCACCUAAAGCUCCAAAAUCUUCCUCUACAGCUCUUUCACCUUCUCAGUCUUCCUCUGCCUGUCCCUCUCCAGCUCUUAGCACAGAGAGCCUCUCCUCUUCAUCGUCAGACCACGGCUUCUCUCGAACGACAGGCGCCACCAAACAGCAGCCUUCCAUUAUUGAACAGGAACAUGUAUUUACUAAAAGCGUUUCGGAACCUUCAAUCAACAGUCCUGACUCGUCCCCCUCAACACCUCCAUCUGAGAUUAAGUCCUGUCUGUCACCUGGUUCCUCUCCGUCACCACCACACAGUAAUACCUGCUCAGCACCUGCCACUCCCGAGACCAAUAGGAGCGCGGAGGGUAAAGCUACAAGGCCUCCUCCUCCUCGCCCUCCAGCUGGGCCCAGUCCACUAACUGGGUCUGCGUCCUCACAGUCACCAAGCACACCCAAUAAGCGGAUGAAUCCGUUCAAUCGGAAGACUUCUCCCACAGUCACCUCCCCACAGUCCAGACCCCCAAAAGGCCCUCGACCUGCUCGUCCUCCUGCCCCUGGACAUGGUUUUCCUCUCAUCAAACGCAAGGUACAGUCAGAUCAGUACAUUCCUGUAGAGGAUAUUCAUGUUGAGAUGGGGAUGCUCGAGAGGCAGCUGGAUGAGCUGGAGCAAAGAGGAGUGGAGCUAGAAGGGACGCUCAGGGAUUGCUCUAAUGAGGAAGAGGAAGAGCGGCUGCUGGUGGACUGGUUCACUCUGAUUCAUGAAAAACACCUACUGGUUCGCAGAGAAGCUGAGCUGGUCUACACUGUGAAGCAGCAGAAUCUGGAGGAGAGACAAGCAGAUGUGGAGUAUGAGCUUAGAUGUCUUCUUAAUAAACCAGAGAAAGACUGGAAUGAAGAAGAUCGAGACAGGGAGAAACAGCUGAUGAAUGAAUUAGUAACCACCAUUGAGCAGAGGAACCAGAUCAUCAACUGCAUGGAUCAGGACAGACAGAGGGAGGAGGAAGAAGAUAAGCUUGUAGCUGCUAUGCUAAAAAGAAAAGAGUUCCACACUGAGAGUGAACAGAAGAAGAAGAAGACGCCUAAGUUUAAACCUAUGAAGGUGUUGAAGAGGCUGAGCACAAAAGGCGACAUGGCUAAAAGCCCGAGUCCACGGAAAGAGCAAAGCUGAAAAUAAUACACGGAUGGAUGGACAUAUGAACCAACACCAGGAUAAAUAAAGAAACGCAGCUCUUUAUAAACAUAAUGUCUGUUUUGAAAGAACAGUUCAACCAAAAUUAAUAUAUAUUAUUUCUUGUACGGUUGCCCUGACAUUGGUCAGCCAAGACUUGUUUGGCGGCCAAAGUUGGUGUUUAAUUUUGCACUGGUGCUACAAGGUUAAUGUCGCUUGGGCCAAACUAUUCAUUUAAGAUGGCAGGUCAGAUAGCACUCCUGUAUAGAGCCAAUUCCAGGCCAGAUGUUUUGCUAUUUAAUUAAAAAAAAAACUAAGUUUAAGCCUUGAUCUAGAACUUGCAUAACAAUGUAUUCACACUGAAAAUAAGUGUAUGAAAAGAUCUAGAUUCAGAUCUUAAGCUCUAUGCUUCAAUUUCAGCUAUGGUAAAUUCCCCACCUAAACUCAUCUUUUCCUUUUAUGGCUGUUGAAGUGCAUAAUCUGGCAGAGUUUAUCGCUAUUAUACUGUGAUCUGUGCCAAAUGUUAUCUAAGACAGCUAGCUUAAUAGAGCUUGGUCAUUAGUGUCAGUAUUUA